AGAAAACCAAAAAUCAAAAGGUUUGCCUGUUCUCUCUUCUGCGCGCUGGACAAGGAAAAGACUCAUCAAAGAUUCAAGGGGGGUUUUAACUUUUAAUCUCUCUCUCUCUCUCUCUCUCUCAUUCCCAUGUUAAAUUAGAGGAAACCACUUCAAUUUUCCUACCUUUUGAAGCAGAAUCGUACUUGUUCUUGGUUGGAAUCAAGAAAAACAUAAGAAUAGCGAAGCUCAUUUUUGCUUCCAGAUCUAAUAUUGCAGCACAAACGCACACGCAUAUGUACAUGUAUACUUUUUUUUCUUUUUCUUUUUGCAUUUGUCCAUUGUCGUUGGAAGAGUGGUAGAUAGUGUGUGAGAAUCAGUAGGUAGUAGGACUAUCGACAUUAGGAUGCUUGGUGGAGGUCUCAAGUGUUGAUCGCGGCGUUACUGAAGUUUCUGAUCUCUCUCUGAUUGAAGCUGUUCAGAAAUGGCUGCUUUAAUCAGCUUAGGGAUAGGUUCUCUUGUUUGGGUAGAAGAUCCCGAUGUAGCCUGGAUAGAUGGGGAAGUUGUGGAGGUCAAUGGUCAAGAAGUUAAAGUUCUUACUACGUCAGGGAAGACGGUUGUUGUCAAGUCUACCAAUGUUUACCCUAAAGAUGCGGAGGCCCCGCCAUGUGGAGUGGAUGAUAUGACAAGAUUGGCUUAUUUACACGAACCAGGAGUUCUAUACAAUCUAAGGAGUAGAUAUGAUAUCAAUGAAAUAUAUACUUACACAGGAAAUAUAUUAAUAGCCGUGAACCCUUUUACAAGGUUACCUCAUCUGUAUGAUAACCAUAUGAUGCAACAGUAUAAAGGUGCUGCAUUUGGGGAGCUCAGCCCUCACCCUUUUGCUGUUGCAGAUGCUGCAUACAGACUAAUGAUGAAUGAUGGAAUAAAUCAGUCAAUUUUAGUUAGUGGUGAGAGUGGGGCAGGUAAAACAGAAAGUACUAAGCAGCUGAUGAGGUAUCUUGCAUACAUGGGAGGUCGAGCGGCAGCUGAGGGCAGGACGGUUGAGCAGCAAGUUCUGGAGUCUAAUCCUGUUCUGGAAGCAUUUGGUAAUGCAAAGACUGUGAGAAACAAUAAUUCGAGUCGUUUCGGUAAGUUCGUGGAGAUUCAGUUUGAUGACAAGGGAAGGAUCUCAGGGGCUGCUGUUAGAACUUAUUUGCUGGAAAGAUCCCGUGUUUGUCAAGUGUCUGAUCCUGAGCGAAAUUACCAUUGUUUCUACAUGCUCUGUGCUGCACCACAAGAGGAUCUUCAAAGGUACAAGUUGGGAGAUCCCAGAUCAUUCCACUACCUGAAUCAGACAAAUUGCUACAUGUUAGAUGGAGUUGACGAUUCCAAAGAAUACUUGGCAACAAGGAAGGCAAUGGACAUUGUUGGAAUAAAUGCUGAUGAGCAGGAUGGCAUAUUUCGAGUUGUGGCUUCAAUCCUCCAUCUUGGUAACAUUGAAUUUGCCAAAGGAAAAGAAAUAGACUCGUCUGUGCCCAAAGAUGAGAAGUCAUGGUUCCAUUUGAGAACUGCUGCAGAGCUGUUGAUGUGUGAUGCAAAGGCUUUGGAGGAUUCUCUAUGUAAACGAGUUAUUGUAACUCGUGAUGAAACCAUCACCAAAUGGCUUGAUCCUGAAGCUGCAGUUGUCAGUAGAGAUGCUUUGGCAAAAGUUGUAUACUCAAGAUUGUUUGACUGGCUUGUGGAUAAGAUUAACAGUUCAAUUGGUCAAGAUCCCAACUCGAAACUUUUAAUCGGAGUGCUGGAUAUUUAUGGGUUUGAGAGUUUCAAGACUAACAGCUUUGAACAAUUUUGCAUUAAUUUGACUAAUGAGAAGCUUCAACAGCAUUUCAAUCAGCAUGUGUUUAAAAUGGAGCAAGAAGAGUACACAAAAGAAGAGAUUAACUGGAGUUAUAUUGAAUUCAUUGACAAUCAGGAUGUUCUUGAUCUCAUUGAAAAGAAACCUGGAGGUAUUAUUGCUCUUCUUGAUGAAGCUUGCAUGUUUCCGAGAUCAACUCAUGAAACUUUUGCCCAAAAGCUCUACCAGACUUUCAAAAAUAAUAAGCGCUUCAGCAAGCCAAAACUGUCGCGUUCUGACUUCACUGUUUGUCACUAUGCUGGAGAUGUCACUUACCAAACUGAAUUGUUUCUGGACAAAAACAAAGACUAUGUAAUUGCUGAACAUCAAGAUCUUCUAAAUGCCUCAACGUGUUCUUUUGUUGCGGGUUUGUUUCCACCUACUGGUGAGGAGUCCUCGAAACAGUCCAAGUUUUCUUCUAUUGGCUCAAGGUUCAAGCAACAAUUGCAAUCUUUGCUUGAAACUCUGAAUGGCACUGAGCCACAUUAUAUACGAUGUGUAAAACCUAAUAAUCUGCUGAAGCCAGCUAUCUUUGAGAAUCAGAAUGUUCUGCAACAAUUGCGCUGUGGGGGAGUGAUGGAGGCAAUCAGGAUAAGUUGUGCCGGAUAUCCUACAAGAAAACCUUUUUAUGAAUUUCUUGAUCGUUUUGGGAUUCUUGCACCUGAUGUUUUGGACGGAAGUAAUGAUGAGGUUGCGGCAUGCAAGAGGCUUUUGGAGAAAGUUGGUCUUGAAGGUUAUCAGAUUGGUAAGACAAAGGUGUUUCUACGGGCUGGUCAGAUGGCUGAGCUGGAUGCCAGGAGGACUGAGGUCCUAGGGAGAUCAGCCAACAUUAUUCAGAGGAAAGUUCGGUCCUACAUGGCACGGAAAUGUUUUACAUUGUUGCGUCAGUCAGCAAUGUAUAUGCAAUCUGUCUGCAGAGGAGAACUUGCUCGGCGAGUAUAUGGAAGCAUGCGAAGGCAGGCUGCUUGUCUAAGAAUCCAGAGGGAUCUGCGCAUGCAUUUGGCUAGGAAAGCCUACAAAGAACUGUGCUCCUCUGCUGUCUCAAUUCAGACAGGAAUGCGGGGAAUGGCUGCACGGAAUGAGCUUCGAUUCCGAAGGCAGACAAGAGCGGCAAUCAUCAUUCAGAGCCAUUGUCGCAAAUUCUUGGCCCAUUCAGACUAUAUGAAGGUGAAAAAGGCUGCAAUUAGCACACAAUGUGCUUGGAGAGCUAGAGUUGCUCGCAAAGAACUGCGGAAGCUUAAGAUGGCUGCCAGGGAAACUGGUGCCCUCCAAGCUGCUAAGAAUAAAUUAGAGAAGCAAGUUGAAGAAUUGACUUGGAGAUUACAACUGGAGAAACGCAUGAGGGUUGACAUGGAAGAAGCAAAGUCACAAGAGAAUGCGAAGCUACAAGCUGCUUUGCAAGAUAUGCAACAUAAGUUUAAUGAAACUAAAGAAAUGCUAAAGAAGGAACGUGAAACUGCCAAAAAGGCAGCUGAGCAGGUCCCGGUUAUACAGGAAGUCCCUGUUAUUGAUCAUGAAUUGAUGAAUAAAAUCACAGCUGAAAAUGAGAAACUCAAGGCCUUAGUCAGCUCUCUGGAAAAGAAAAUUGAUGAUACAGAGAAAAAAUAUGAAGAGACUAACAAACUCAGUGAGGAGAGGUUGAAACAGGCCAUGGAUGCUGAGUCCAAGAUUGUUCAUUUAAAGACUGCUAUGCAAAGACUUGAAGAGAAAAUCUUUGAUAUGGAAUCUGAAAACCAAGUUCUUCGGCAGCAAUCCUUAGUAACACCUGUAAAAAGGGCAUCAGAACAUUUGCCACCUUUAGCAUCCAAGGUAUUGGAAAAUGGCCACUAUUUGAACGAGGAAAACAGGACAAAUGACCAUUUAAGCCUUUCACCCACCAAAAAUUAUGAUACUCCUGAUAGCAAGCCAAGGAAGCCCCCAUUUGAUCGCCAACAUGAGGAUGUUGAUGCACUUAUUGACUGUGCCAUGAAAGAUGUUGGCUUUAGUCAAGGCAAGCCUGUUGCCGCUUUUACCAUUUACAAAUGUCUUCUCCACUGGAAGUCUUUUGAAGCUGAAAGGACCAGUGUCUUUGAUCGUCUCAUUCAGAUGUUUGGUUCAGCCAUUGAGAGUGAAGACAGCAAUGAUCGUAUGGCAUAUUGGCUGUCAAAUACCUCGACCUUGUUGUUCCUACUCCAAAGAAGCUUAAAAGCUGCCGGUGCUGGUGGGGCAACUCCAAUCCGUAAACAGCAAACUCCAACAUCUCUGUUUGGGAGAAUGGCAAUGGGAUUCCGCUCGUCUUCAGUCAACCCUGCUGCAGCUUCAGCUGCACUUGAUGUAGUGCGCCAAGUUGAGGCAAAGUAUCCAGCUCUACUUUUCAAGCAGCAGCUUACAGCAUAUGUUGAAAAAAUCUAUGGGAUUAUUCGAGACAAUUUGAAGAGGGAGAUUAAUUCACUCCUUUCGCUGUGUAUCCAGGCACCAAGGGCCUCCAAGGGAAGCGUGCUAAGAUCAGGAAGGUCCUUUGGUAAAGAUUCUCAAACAAGUCACUGGCAGGGAAUAAUUGAGUGCCUCAACUCUCUUCUUUGUACAUUAAAAGAAAACUUUGUGCCUCCAAUUCUUGUUCAGAAAAUAUUUACUCAAACAUUCUCAUACAUCAAUGUCCAACUCUUUAACAGUCUUCUUCUGCGGCGUGAGUGUUGUACAUUUAGCAAUGGGGAAUACGUAAAAGCAGGCUUAGCAGAAUUAGAGCUAUGGUGCUGCCAGGCAAAGGAGGAGUAUGCAGGCUCAGCUUGGGAUGAACUCAAACAUAUAAGACAAGCUGUUGGUUUCCUGGUUAUACAUCAGAAGUACAGAAUAUCUUAUGAUGAGAUUACCAAUGAUUUGUGUCCUAUUCUCAGUGUUCAACAGCUGUACAGAAUUUGUACUUUAUACUGGGAUGACAACUAUAAUACUCGAAGUGUAUCCCCUGAUGUCAUAGCCAGCAUGAGGGUUUUAAUGACUGAAGAUUCUAAUAGUGCCGUUAGUAGCUCCUUUUUAUUGGAUGACAAUUCCAGCAUUCCGUUCUCAGUCGAUGAGCUUUCAAAUGCACUCCAAGUCAGGGACUUUUUAGAUGUCAAACCAGCAGAUGAGCUUCUCGAGAAUCCAGCCUUCCAAUUUUUACACGAGUGAGGCCAAGGAACCUUGAGCAUGCUUUACUAGCAGUUCUAUCCUCGUUAAUAUGCACGAUGGGUAUAGUCUGUUGUAAAUCUAUUCUUUUUUUUUUUUUUUCCAUUCAGUUUUUCAAAUAUAUAGGUUGCUAUAAAAUUAUUUUUUGUGUCCAAAAAGUCUCAUAGCAAAAAGGGUAGGGGCAUCAUUCAGGAUAUAUUUUUUUUUGGGGUAUGGGGUCUUCAUGCUAAAGUUGAAAGCAUUCAUUUUAGGGACUUAGGGGGGUAAAAUACAUAUAAUUUUUUGUAUCUUGGUUUGAAGUUUUGUUAGUAUAACUUUCCAAUAUCAUUUGUAAUUCAACAAAAAGUUGGAAAAGACAUUAUAUACAAAAUAUUUUUUGAUUGGUUUC